AAAGCAAUCUUCAGAUAGAAAAACAAAAACAGAGGCAUCAUACUUCCUGAUUUCAAAAUAUAUUACAAAGCUAUAGUAAAUUAAAACAGUAUAUUGCCAACAUAAAAGCAGAUAUAUAGACAUAUGUAACAGAAUAGAGGAACCAUGUAUUUCCCCAGCUGUGGUUCCAAAGAGAUUCCCCAUUUCCUCUGUGAGGUCAUGGCCAUCCUGAAACUGGCCUGUGAAGACAUCUCUGCGUAUGAGAAGGCUGUGAUGAUGACAAGCAUCACGGUGCUCCUCAUCCCCUUGUCCCUCAUCAUGUCCUCUUAUGCCCUUGUCUUCCUUGCUGUCCUCUGCAUGAACUCCCCUGAGGCCAGGAACAAAGCCCUGGCCACCGGUUCCUCCCACCUGACUGUGCUGAUUCUCUAUUUUGGCCCAGCUGUGCUGGUUUGCAUGAAGCCUAAUUCUCACCACAGUCCCAAGCUGGCCCAGCUUCUUUUUAUGCUUGGUGCCAUUCUCACUCCUAUGAUGACCCCCCUCAUAUACAGUCUGAGGAACAAGGAGGUGGUGUGUGCUUGGCAAAUGGUGUUGGGAUGCUGCCUAACCUCAGUUUAG